CCUCCUCCUCCUCCUCCUCAAUUUCAUUUUUUAUCUUUUUUUUUUGGAUGUUGUUGUUGGUUGGUUGUUGUGGUUGUUAUCAGCGAAAAGAGAGACGCAAUUAAUUAAAAGUGUUACAGCAAGAGAGCGUUGAUAAAAUAAAGAAGUAGGCUUUCUCGCGGCGGUUAGGCAUGUUGUGGUGGCUGCACGCAUACCACUUGUAAACUAAACCGAAACAAAGGAGUGUCCACUUGUUAAUUAUUUAUUUCGAAUAAACGUAGAAGGAUCAACAGGUAGACGUGGUGGCUCAAGCAGACCGGAGAGGAAGAAUAUGCAAUCCGGAUUGAUUUACAGGAAGCCCUCGGCGAUGAUGACGUCGAGCCAAAGUAGUGUCUUCGAUCGAUCCGAAGGAGUAAAAGAUGAGACCUCUAACAACAAAAGAAAAAACCUAGGACGAGAUUCCAGAGAGACUAUACACUCUGGCCACUUUAUGGUUUCCGAUUUCGAAGCGGAAGCGCAGGACGAUGAGGACGAACUCGCCGUUCCUGUUCCCGAGGAGGAAAACAACAAAUUGGCGAUUAUGACGCCGAACAUUUUUUCCUUGGAAAAGUUCAUGGGCGGUACCUUCAAUUACAAGCCCAAUUCUCAACAGCUCAGCAUCGAAACGUCCUUAAACAAGCUCUUUCAGUGCAUGUCCUUGGCCUACAGACAGAAGCUGACGUCUCCCAAGUGGAAUCGCUUCAAAGGGAUCAGACUGAGGUGGAAAGACAAGAUCAGAUUGAACAACGUUAUUUGGAGAUGUUGGCAUAUGCAAUUUAUACUGAAGCAGAACACGUUGGUGUGCCAAUUUGCAUCGCCUCUCGACGUCGACACUCAUAAUAAGCCGGAGGCAGUAGUCUUGGAAGGCAAAUACUGGAAAAGAAAACUUGCUGCAGUUACCGCGGAAUAUAAAAAAUGGCGCAUGUUCUACAGAAACAAAAUUCUUGGUUGGACGAACAAGGAUGGUACGGAAACGAUGGAAUCGAUGGACACGCUGGAUUGGAGCAACGGCAUGGAAACAUCGGAACAUUUUGGCACGAGUGCAGCGAACGCUUAUGGAGGCACCGGGGGAGCUCACGGCGGAGAGAGUAUGAUGGUUGACGAAGACUAUAUGGAGCUUAUGACCGAUACGCUAUUUUCCACAAUUAGCUCCAAUCAGCCUAUAUACUUUCCAGAUCCCAGAGAAAUCGCGCGCGGAGCUAGUCUUGCAGAUUUCAUUCAACCAAGUUUAGGACCACUCCAACCGAAUCUCGACGAUUUUAUGGACACUUUAGAACCAUUACAAGAAUUCUUAAACUCAAAGUUACCGCCUGUACCGGAAGAAGAGGACAUGUUUCGAGGUGGUACCUUAAACACCAAUUAUCCCGAUCUCGAUCUGAUGACGCCGAUCAGUCAGAUGAACGAACUAAACGAAGAGGUAACGUCCAAGGACGAAAGAUCAUCUACGGCCUUGUCCGAAGAACAGGGAAACGGCAUGCAGAAUCUUCAUUAUACCGGAAAAAUAUAUAACCAGUCUGAAGCGGAGUCUAGCAGCGUUUACAGGAAUGACAUGGACAUAGAGAUGAAUUACAGAGACGUGGAAGAAAAUUUCGUCGAGAGGUCGACGGCGACAACUACGACUACAGCAGCGAUGAGGACAACCGGGGGGACGACGGCGACGUCGUCCUCGUUGUCGUCGUCGUCGUCGUCGUCGUCGUCGUCUUCGUCUUCGUCAUCAUCGUCUUCUUCGUCGUCGUCAUCGUCGUCGUCGUCGUCGUCGUCGACGUCGUCGUUGUCUUCCUCGGCAACAACGAAGAAUAGUGGUGGUGGUCAGUCGACGCGAGAAAAAACUCGACAAGAAAAUCGUCGAUCCGGUAGAACCAAUCGCGUGAUACAGCAGACGCAUCAACAGCGAGUGGACGCGUAUCGACAGGUUGUCCAAGCCGUUCCAAAUGUUCAAACAGUUCAACGAAAUUCGUGCUACGAGCAUCAGCAGCAGUCAAGCCAGCAAUCGUAUGCCAUGGAAGUCCAAACUGCGGUACAAUUGGCUCCUAUCGACAAUCAAAUGCAAAUUGCGACGUUGAACGAUCAACCUGUUAAUGCAACACAGAUCUCUUCGAUAGCCGAAGUGCAAAAUUUGGUAACUGCCCAGCAAAACUUUGCGCAAACCAAUACGACAUUGCCCGCUGAUCAGCAGCGUGCUAUAAGAUCCUUACCACCGACCCCUUCGAUGUCUUCGAAGCCUUACAAAAUCGUCCCACCGCUACCCAACACUUGUUACAAACUACCAAACGUCAGCCCAAACUUUAAUACUCAACAACAAUGUAAAUUCGCCGGCAAUAAUUUCAAGACGCAUCCCGCGCAACAAGUCGUAUCUGUUCCGACGCAACAACCAACGCAAUCGCCGAUAUUAUUACAGUGUAGAUCUUCCGGCUUAGAUCUUACCCUGCAACCGACUAAAUUAGUAACACAAUCAAUCGUAACUACGUCGGAAAAGGAAAUUUUUGCAGUGCCUAAAUACCAAAUGAAAGCACGAAACAGAUCUAGAAGCAGUUCCUCCUUGAUACCGCCGAGGAUAAACCCAUUGCCCUUGGCAUCUGCAGUUAGCGACCCUGCUCUUAAUUUAAAUCACAAUGUCCUGCUUGCGCACCUCCUUACAAACAAUACAUCCGGUAUAUGUACGAUGAACACAUCAACCGAAAAAAUAAUACCAACGACGAAUCAAUCUAAUGACGUUAAACACAUCCUACCUAUUUUACCACCGACUGCUUCUGCCACUCAAGUAACUACCGGUCAUCAUAUUGCAACACCAGUUACGGUUCAAGCAAUACAGUCUUCUAUCCAAGCAUCGCAGCACCAACAGGGAAUACAAUCUAAUUGUGGUCAACAACAGAUUCUCUUAAACGCAAAUAAUCAAACUCAUCCAUCGCAAAAUAGUCCUAGCUCGCCCAAGGAUUAUUCCAAUGCGCCUAGUUCUCCUCAAGCCUUGAGUCUGAGUCCCCUUCACAGCCCAAUGAGUAUCGGUAGUCCCUUAUCGCCUCCGCGAAAUUACAUUAAAGGAGAAUCGGAACGAGGACAAUACAAGGAACAAAGAAGGGUCGGUCAUAUUCAUGCCGAACAGAAACGCAGAUACAACAUUAAGAAUGGCUUUGAUAUGCUUCACAGUUUAAUACCGCAGCUUAAUCAGAAUCCUAAUGCAAAAUUAGCUAAAGCUGCCAUGUUACAAAAAGGAGCGGAUUACAUUAAACAAUUAAGGGCAGAGAGGAAUCAGCUUAAAGAGGAGAUGGAUAGUUUGAGACAUCAAAUCGAGUGCCUUAAUACUUCUAUUAGUAAUUGUCAAUCUAUGCUUCCUGCAACGGGUGCUCCAGUCUCUAGGCAUAGAACUAAUAAGAUGAAAGAAAUGUUCGACGAAUACGUGCGUAACCGUACUAGAGAAAAUUGGAAAUUUUGGAUCUUUAGCAUUUUGUUAGAACCUUUAAUGCUCUCCUUUAAUACUUCGGUAUCAACGGCAAGCGUCGAAGAUUUAUACAGAAGCACGGUACUAUGGGUUGAGCAGCAUUGCUCGCUCGUCGAUCUCAGGCCAGCUGUUCUUAACUCCUUAAGGUAUCUGUGUACUGCCACUGAUAUUCUGUCAGAUCCUGCUCGCCUACCCGAAGAAGCACUCGCAGCGGUUAAUCGAACGGAAAGACGACGAUCUACACAGUGACGGAUCAACUUUAAAUUACAGAUCUCUUGGAAAAAUAUAUGCGCAAACAAAUUUAAGACGCAUAAACAUCGUAGAAAUUGAAACUUACCUUGUCUAGUAAGGUUUACCUUUUAUCAAUCUUUAAUAACGAUUAUAAAAAUGUUAUAUAUUUUGAUCAAACCUUUUCAAGCAUAACUCCUACAUCCAACAUUUCUUAUCAAAUCCUAAUCGCAAAAAGAAAACUGAACAUUUAAAAUAAUCGAUCGAUUAUGAAAAGAACGUAGCGUCCGAACUUAUUCCGGUUUUGACUAUGAGUAAAACAAUUGCAUAUGCCCUUAUUUCGUUUCUUAGGCCCCUCUCUACUUGUUCUCCUUAUCGGGGUUUGAUUUUACUUAAUUUCAUCACGAAUUUUCGCUCUUUUCAAAGUUAUUCAAAAAUGGAUCCACUUUGAAACUAAUCGAUCGCUACACUUGUUAAAAUCAUAUACACAGAAAAUUUAAUGCUAAGCGAUCAUUCCAUGCAGAUAUUCUAAAUACAAACAAAACUAGCAUCGUAGCCAUUUGAAUUCUAUUCUGUCAAUUCUGUGAUAUUGCUAAUAAUGUAUUACCGUAAAUACAUUCUUAAAAACA